AUGGCAUCUCUCGCGGAAGGUGUCGCCCAAGUCGCUUUCUUCCGGCCGAUAGCUGAAAAUAAUAUUCCUCAUUUGAAAAAACUUGUAAAUGAUAACGCUGAGUUUGACUUUAGUUCGGUGGUGGAAAGUGCUAGUGAGUGGUGGGCGGAGAAAGUUGUCGCUAUUACCGGAGUCCCACCUUCAAUUGGGAUCCAAGGUCUCCUGCAGGGUGGCAACACCAUUGAUGAGGAGGUCAUGACGCAACCGAUGCUGAAUGAAACAAUCGGCGUCCUCGUGCAAGUUUUAUCCGUAUAUCUCCACGGCGCCUGGAAUUUUACUUUUUGUGUCGGUGUGAGCCUCGGGCAUAUUGCCGCGAUUGUGGUCUCGAUGAGCGCGUCUCGUGAGGAGAUGUUGACAAACAUUCCCCGGGGUCUUGAUGUGCUGUACUUCAUCGUGCACGGCCUAAAAGAGGUCAAUUCUGGGAUUUCCUUAGCUGGAGUAAAAUGUAUGAUGUCGGUGAGCGGAAAACGUGGUUCAAAAAUUCUCAAUAAUACCAUUAAGCCAAUAUUACGCGAUUUCCGCAACUUUCCCCAUGCACAAUGA